AUGCGGUCUCUUUCGACGGUCGUUGCAGCGAGUUGCCUACUAUCCCUCCUGCCUGUGGCAGUUGCGGUGCCCGGGCCCAACACUUUGGGCAUGAAGUUUGACAAACGACGAGUCAGUGCGGUCGAUUCGCCGUUGCGCCGCAGACAACAGAACACUGUGCUGGCUGGCCUUGAUAAUGAGCUCGCAUUAUACCUCAUCAACGUCACCGUUGGCACUCCUCCACAGCCUUUCUCGCUACAACUGGAUACGGGCUCCUCCGACAUAUGGUUUCCCUCUAAUAACGCUCAAAUCUGUCAGCAGGACGGAGGGCAAGAUUGUCCAGCCGGAACAUAUGAUGCUUCUGCAUCUAGCACCUUCUCGGAGCCCGACCUGCCUGAGUUUCAGAUCGAGUACGUUGACGGUACAAAAAUUGGCGGAACCUAUAUUACAGAUGUUCUCAAUAUCGGCAACACAAAAUUAACCAACCUGACCAUGGCGGCGGCGACGAGUCUGAACAGCCUUGGCCUUGGCAUCAUGGGCGUAGGCUUCAGCGCUGAUGAGUCGCUCGCUGCGCAGGGGGGAUCUUCGUACCCAAACAUCGUUGACGUUUUGCAAAGCGAGGGCUUUAUUGAGUCGAGGUCAUACUCGCUCUGGCUAGACGAUUUGGACUCCUCGACUGGCUCUAUUCUCUUUGGUGGCGUGGACUCCGAUAAGUUCACCGGUGACCUCGUUGCGCUGCCCAUCCAGCUUGACAGCCAAUCGAACAGAAUCACCUCUUUUACUGUCGCCUGGACUGGCCUCAAGGUAACAGGUAGCGGCAACAACGCUGACAUGUCGCCUUCCGCUCCUGUCCCUGCGAUCCUUGACUCUGGAACCACUGACACCCUCUUACCCGAUGAUAUUGCCACGGCCAUCUACAACGGCGUCGGUGUCACAAUGAGCAAUGAGCUUGGAGCCGUUGUCCCCUGUGAGCUCGCCAACGAUGACCUCAAGUUCGCCUUCAGCUUCGGCGGAGAUGGUGGUCCAACAGUGGAAGUCCCGCUUUCGGAGUUUGUAGUUCCCAUCAUUACUCAGAGUGGCCGCUCACCUAAGUUUCACGAUGGCAAAGAUGCUUGCCAGUUCGCUAUCGAACAGGCCGGCCAGAACCCAAUCCUGUUUGGAGACUCUUUCCUCCGCAGCGCGUAUGUUGUGUAUGAUCUUGAGAACCAGAACAUUGGGCUUGCGCAGACCAACUUCAAUGCCUCGGGCAGCAACGGCAAAGUGCAGGCUAUCGGGUCCUCUAGUGGCAUCCCUGGCGUCACUGCCACGGCCACAGCCGCAUCUGUGGCACAGAGCUUCUCCGGCAUCCCACGCGAGAGCGACGAGGUGACUGCCACGGCCACGGGUGAUAUUGGCAGCGGGCAAACUUCAUUCAGCGCCACCUUCCAACUGUCAGCGACUGGCUCGGGCGGUUCUAGCGCUACCUCUAGUGGCGUGGCGAGCAGCAACCUGCGUCCUAUGCCUUUUGAGUGGCAGAGUUGGGCAAUCUCGAGCGUCGUCAUGCUUGGUAUGGUGCUCGGUGGUGGUUUGGUGCUCUUGUAA